GAAUUAUUGGCGGCAGUCAUCAUCAGUAUUAUGGACCGUGUUGUUCUGCGUACUGUUACACAACUGUUUCAGGAAGUUAUGCAUUGGCUGUAAUGUAUAAAUCGCACUGUACAUAAACACUGGGGAGUGUGGUAAGAAGACAAGUCCAGCAAUAGCGUCGGAAUCCAAGUGGCGAGCCGUGAGUGCCUAAAUGUGCAGUGUUGCCUCACACGUGAUGGAACUGCUGCUGCCAUACCACUCGUAAAUAAAGCGAGCAAUACCUUUGCGGACGUCGUGCCUUGUUGAUGAUAUUGGGACAAUAUGGGACAAAAUCGCAAGAAAGGUCCAUCACUCUCCAAAGAGGAGCUACGAAUGCUUACUGUUGGGGAGAUUGUACAGGAAUUAAUAAAAGCACAGCAGGAAAAACGGGAUGUGAAUCUUAAUAAGUUGAAGACACGGAUAUCAUCUAAAUAUGGCCUGCAGUCCUCACCAAGGCUAGUGGACAUCAUAGCUGCUGUACCUCAAGAACACAAGAAAGUUCUUCUUCCAAAAUUGCGUGCAAAGCCUGUUAGAACUGCAUCCGGAAUUGCAGUGGUGGCUGUGAUGUGUAAACCUCAUCGUUGCCCUCAUAUCAAUAUGACUGGUAACAUAUGUGUCUACUGCCCAGGGGGACCUGAUUCUGACUUUGAAUAUUCCACUCAAAGCUACACUGGUUACGAGCCCACCUCUAUGAGGGCUAUCAGGGCUCGGUACAACCCAUACCUGCAAACAAGGCAUAGGCUAGAGCAGCUGCAGCAACUUGGACACAAUGUUGACAAAGUGGAGUUCAUCAUUAUGGGUGGAACCUUCAUGGCUUUACCUGAGGACUAUCGUGAUAACUUCAUUUUGAACCUUCACGAUGCACUCUCUGGACACUCAUCCUCCUCUGUUGCUGAAGCUGUCAAAUUCUCAGAACGCAGUUCAACAAAGUGUAUAGGUAUCACCAUUGAGACUCGUCCUGACUACUGUCUCAAGCGCCAUCUCUCUGAUAUGCUGCGUUAUGGCUGCACCCGCCUGGAAAUUGGAGUGCAGUCAGUCUAUGAGGAUGUAGCCAGAGACACAAACAGAGGACACACAGUGAGGGCUGUCAGCGAAAGCUUCCAUUAUUCUAAGGAUGCUGGCUUCAAGGUGGUUUCCCACAUGAUGCCAGAUCUCCCAAAUGUGGACUAUGAGCGGGAUGUGGAGCAGUUCAUUGAAUUCUUUGAGAACCCAGCAUUCCGGCCUGAUGGAUUAAAGAUAUAUCCCACCCUGGUUAUUCGUGGGACUGGUCUCUAUGAGCUAUGGAAGACAGGUCGUUAUAAGAGCUAUCCCCCUAAUACCCUGGUGGACCUGGUGGCCACCAUCCUGUCAUUGGUGCCCCCAUGGGUGCGAGUCUACAGAGUUCAAAGGGACAUACCCAUGCCACUUGUCAGCUCUGGUGUGGAGCAUGGUAACUUACGAGAGCUGGCCUUGGCACGUAUGAAAGACCUGGGAACAGAGUGUCGAGAUGUACGCACAAGGGAAGUUGGCAUACAAGAAAUCCAUCACAAAGUCCGUCCCUAUGAGUUGGAGCUUAUCCGGCGUGAUUACAUGGCUAAUGGAGGCUGGGAAACCUUUCUUUCUUAUGAGGAUCCACAGCAGGACAUCCUGGUUGGGCUGUUACGUCUUAGAAAGUGUUCUGAACAUACCUUCAGACCAGAGUUGGUGGGUGGUGUGUCAGUGGUGAGGGAGCUACACGUGUAUGGAUCUGUAGUGCCAGUUAGUGCUCGAGAUCCCACCAAGUUCCAGCAUCAAGGCUUUGGCACACUGCUCAUGGAGGAAGCUGAAAGAAUUGCUAGGGAAGAGCAUGGUUCACAGAAGAUUGCAGUCAUCUCAGGUGUUGGUACCCGUAACUAUUACAGAAAACUGGGCUACCAGCUGGAUGGUCCCUACAUGUCCAAGGUUCUGUAGCUGUGUCUCUGGUAUGGUUUUUGUACUUUUUAUUCACAUUAACUUUGAUUUUAAAGCACUAUAUUAUAAAUACACAGAUAAACACAACACACUUUUGCACACAUACAUGUAAGCACACACACACACACACACACACACACACACACACACACACACACACACACACACACACACACACAUUACUCAUUAAGUCAAUUAAGUCAAUCUGUAAUUAUCAUUGUAUUUGGAUGUAUUUGUAUUUUUAUUCAAAUUAUUGUUAUUGAAAAUCAAAGUAUUUUCUUAUAUUUUAAUACUUGGGAAAAGUAUUCAUGUUCUUCAAAUAAUCAGAUAUUUAAAAAAUUAUUCCUUACAACUCAUAUGUCCUGAUUGGACACAUAUGAAGGAAUCUAUUAUAACAACAUGUGUAGUACAGGUUCACAGAGUGUCCGAUCAGUAUCAGGAGUCAGUUCUGCUAACAUUUCCCUGUGGACAACAACUAGGUAGUCUGGUUUGAGACAGACUCAUUGUUGAAUUUUCUCUUCUCUCUCUCUUACAUGUACAAGUGUUGUAGUGUCCAUGAAGUUCCAGUGAAUUUACUGUCCAUAUAAACAAUAUGCAAGCAA